GUAUGUAUUUAUUAAUGCUAUUCUGUUUUGCAUGAAGUUUUUAUGUUGUUGAAUGGUUUCACAACCUUACAAGAAGAGACUCCAAUAACACUGAUCAAGUACCCUCUUUAAAACAAGUGAAAGUUUUUGAGUGAGCUGAAAUAACUGUAAAGUGUUUCCCUGAAGGAAAUUUGGCAACAGCUGUACAGCACCAAACUUCAGACAAACAAUAGAAAAGCGGUAACAUUUUAAACUUGGUCUCAGUCCAAAGCAUCCCUGUUUUAAAAACUGGUCCUCAGACAUAUUCUCUUACUAGUAAUAACACUAAAACCCUGCACUAUGUUUGCACAGGGCAUGAAUUUGCAGAGAAUUUAGUCUUAACUUUUGCACUUAGAAAUGGAAAAGUCACAUUUAUAAGAGCAUUCUCUGUUCUUUCCCCUUCUUGUGUGGGUGUAGGUAGGGGAGUGGGGAUAAAUACUCAAUCCCUCUUUUAAGCUCUACUCUAACCAAGCUAUGAUUCUUAUCAAUAUGAUUUUUUGAUAAAAAGUAGUGAUUCCUCCACUUGGAAUGCUAGCUGUAGACCUAGCCUAAGCUCUGAAAAUCAAGAGCCAACCACUUAAGCAUUCUGGAGUAUAUUCAUUAAAAAUAUUUUUUUUUAAUGGAACUCUACUUAUUGAGCAUGUAAAUUGAAUUUUUGAUUGCCACAACAACUAGGACCAUACCUUUCAUUCAGUUGCUCUCCUGCAAGUAGAAUAGCAAUAAAGAAAUUUAUAUUUGUAUGUUCAGACCCAAGAAACUGGAGGAGGAGGAAAAAUUUGAAAUUUUAGUUCUAAGGCAGGAUUUGAUUGCAAACCAUUGGAUUUAGCUUUUCUGUACACCCUUCUCUCACAAAACAUGCUACUCUGUAGGGCACUAGAGUGGCUGUGAUAUUCCGAUCCCCAAGUAAUUCAGGCCAUUGUGUGAGUUGACAUAUGUGUACAAAUAAGGGAAAGGAAAAAGCCGGCGGUGUGUGCGAGCGGGUGGGGAGGCUGGGAAGGGGUGAAGAUCAGAUGCACUGUUAGCGCUGUCGGUGAAAGAAAGGCAAUUGUCAGGGUUGUGAUUCCUGGCUGCGGAUGCUGCCUGGGAAACGUGUGUCAACACCACACAAGCUGCUGCGCGGAGGAGGAGGACGCGCCUCUCUUUGUCCCUGCUCCGCUUGAUGCUGCCGUCUGCGAGAUGCCUUUGUGACAAACAGGAGUGCUCAUAAGACGUUGCUGUUUGCAUUGCCAUCUCCCCCCUCCAACCCAAACAACAACAACAACAGUAGCAAAAUCCGGUCUCUGGUAUGUAGCAGUGAGAUUAUUGUUCUUUCCCCCGCUGCUAUAAGAUUCCAGGAUGAUCCAAGAGUGCAUUUACUGGAUUUGAGGGGUGUUGUUCGGGGGGGGAAUUCCACCGCUGCCUCAAAACCAGCAGUUUGCAAUAUCCUGAGCUGACCCUGCUGAACGUAUUACAUCAGGUCAGAAACAUUUUUGUUGCAGGAGCACAGCAGCCUAUUCUUUUCACAGGAAUGGUUUCAUCUACUGCUUGCUGUUAGCUUAAAAACCUUUUCCUACUUGAACUGUCCUUUCUGGCAGGUUAUUUUUUUCAUGGAAUCCCCUGGGGUUUGGCCAUGAGCUGAGAGUGUAAGAGACCACUAAACAAGAAAACCUCCAGAGAGCUUAGCUGAGCAACCUUAUUUAAGUAAUAAAAAACACUGCUUUUGACGAGCCAGUAACGGAAAGCAAACAUUUAAAGCACAGAACGCCAAACACUUGUUCGUAAACCUAAGCCUUUAUGAGCAGCAGUUACAGUUAUAAAAGAAUAUGAUCCCUUUCUGAGCCUCCCAGCCUACCUGCAUCCCUGUGUUAAUUCAGGGCGCUGCUGGCUGGGCUUUGUGAGUGUUGCAGGACUAAUCCCCGCGGUUCCUUGAUUAUGAGCAUGUGCAGAGCAGCCCAAGGUACAGCCGUGCAUGCAGAGCCAACACACAGAGACGUGCCUUGCAAUGCCAUGUUGCUGCAUGUGUUCCCACAACUGAGAAGGAUACAGGGAGCCUGCCUGCCUUACUGAUUUAUCUGAUGUGUUCUUGUUUCUGUUUCAGCAUUCAGGAGAAUUCCUUCAGCUCGACAGCUUUAGCAGAGUGUGACGGGGAUUCAGACUCUGUCCAUGAAGAUCAAGCAGGCAGUUCCAGUCCCAGAGAUGAUGAUAACAAAGAAAAUUAUCCGGACAACGGUGCUGUCUUAGAGGAAAGGCAGCUGCCUUUGCCAGACGCUCAGCAGCACAGGCAGCAGGCUGUGGUUGACUGUGCUCUAAAGCCUGAAAUGGGCAACUUAAAGCUGAGGAAACCCAAGCCCAUUGCAAAGCUAGAAAAUGGAAAAAGCCAUGAGGAAAGUCAGGAGCUGGAAUGUGCAUUGCCAGGCCUCCCAGAGUGGCAGGGGAAGGCUGGAUCCUCAGCUAAUGACUGCACACAGAACGUGGCUCUGAGGUGCCAGGAAACAGUCGUGAGGCUUCAACCAAGAAUAGAUCAGAACACAAGCAUUUCACCAAAGGAAGCAACCGAUCAAUGUAACAGCUUAAAUGAGAAUUCUUUGUUGAAGCUGCAAGCCCUGGAAAGCGAGCUGUGCUCUGCAUUCCUGCCAAGCCAGGAGGAAACUCCCCAGCUGCCGGCGCCCAAGGACGCAGCCCCUCCAUCAGCGCAGACCGGCGUGCAGGCUGAUGGGGCCGGCGGUGGAGAGCAAUAUCACUUCAUUUCUCCUAUUAUUGAUUUUAAUUUAAUGCAUCAGCAGAGAGAUAGCGAAGAGCCUGUGCCAGCCCACAGAGACUGGCAGAACGACAUGGAGAGCAGCCCACAGGAACAUCACUCCCUAGGGACCAGUCGACUGCUGUAUCACAUUACAGAUGGAGACAACCCUCUUUUGUCACCACGCUGCUCUAUCUUUAGCCAAAGCCAGAGAUUUAAUCUAGACACAGAGUCUGCCCCUUCUCCACCAAGUGCUCAGCCUUUCAUGGUGCCAAGAAGUUCUUCCAGAUGUAACUGUGAAGACUGCAAAGAACCACAGACAGUAACACAACUUACCAAGCAUCUGCAGAGCCUCAAGAGAAAAAUUAGGAAGUAUGAAGAAAAGUUUGAGCAAGAAAAAAAAUACCUGCCUUCCCACGGUGACAAGACUUCCAAUCCUGAAGUUCUGAAAUGGAUGAAUGCUUUGGCCAAAGGUCGGAAGCAGCUCAAAGAGCUGAAACUCAGAAUUUCAGAAGAGCAAAACUGCACCUCCACAGCACCCCAAAGAAGUGACCAUUGUGAAAGCACUGGGACCUCUAAAGAGGCUGGCACACAGGAGGCCACGAGCAUGGAACCAGCUCCCUCAGUGGAGGAAACCAUGGAUAGCGUAUUGAGGCGACUAAAGGAGAAAAGACAACACUUUCACCUUCCUGAGACUAUUAAGGUCACUAAGCAAGAAAAGAGUCUCAUGAAACCUCUUUACGACAGAUACAGAAUUAUCAAGAAACUUCUUGCAGCUCCAUCUUUGAUCACAACAAUUCAGGAGGAGGAAGACUCAGAUGAAGACCAUUCUCAAAGCAGCCAUGAGUUGUCAUCCGGUCCAAUGUCUUGCUUCCCUGUUGAAGAGCACCUGUGUUACUCUCAGGAGGAGAGUGAGCCUGCACAUGUCUCACCUCUGGAUGAAAAGAAAGUUUACAGGCAAACAGCCUUGUCUAUGUCCAAUUUACAUGAGGCAACAAUGCCUGUUCUGCUUGAACAUCUUAGAGAAACAAGAGCUGAUAAGAAAAGGCUUCGCAAAGCUCUGAGAGAGUUUGAGGAGCAAUUCUACAAACAGACAGGAAGGAGUCCUCAAAAAGAAGAUCGGGUGCCAAUGGCCGAGGAAUACUCCGAAUACAAGCACACAAAAGCCAAAAUCAGGCUCCUGGAGGUUCUCAUCAGUAAGCAUGAUAUUUCCAAAACGAUUUGAAGUGAAUGCAAUGCUGUGAUAUUGUUCUCUAGCAAAAAAACAAGUAAUGAAAAAGAUAAAGUAAUUUUACAGAUCUUGGUCUGCUGCACAAUUAUUUGACACACUGAGAUUUUUGAUGCACUUUACCAAUUAUAAUAGCUGGGAUGAGAGAGGACAGCAAUAUGCAAGAAUAUUAAGCACGGGUGAGUGGACUAUAGUAUAUAUUUUUCCUUUUGAGAAAGCCUUGAAGUGCACUGUGAGACUGUUAAGAAAUGAAAAAGGACACUGAAGUGUUGUAGCUCCUCAGUUUGACCUGCUCUAAAAGUGUGAGGAAAUGCUCUCCAGGUUUUUAGUACAUCUUAGUACAUGAUAAUGUACUACGUUUGUUUCCAGAAUUAACAUGCACUAGAAUUAACUAUUAAUGACGGCUCUCAAUGUGCUGAUUAAAGGAAAUGAAUUAAAACAAAUUAAGGGAAAACUCCGGACAUACUCUGGCUUUCAAGACAGAGAUGCCAUUCAAUCCCAGUAGCUUCAAAGAAAGGUGCAUAGAAAAAAACCAGUGCCAGGGAGUAGAGCAAAGUGAUGCUGCUUAUGCAAAAAAAAAGGACAGAACAUGAUGGCCAAAUGGAACUACUGGUUUUUUAGAGAUAAGAGAAAAAAAUAGAGGUUGCUGGGAAGAGAGAGACCAAAUGUACUGGCUGCUGUCCUUUUCACUAGUUCACAGGACCUGGCUCACAGAACUUAAUAAAUAGAUCAACUAACUACAUGCUAAUUUUGAUUUUUGUACGAAACCUUGCACUUUGUUUUGCCUGAUGCUAUAACAUUCGCUUUUCUGACUACCAAAGCUCGUUUAGACGCAUGCACUUUGUAAAAUGUUGAAGUACUUCUUGUGUUAUAAAUUGCCACAUAUAUAUAUAUUAAAACAGGACUAGAUUAUUGCAUUAUGCUAAGAUAUUUUGGAUAGAUAAAGUACAUGGUAUAUAAGUGAGUGUCACAGUUAUCUGAUGAGGACUGCUAGACUUCUUGUUUACUGAAAAUAAGAUUAUAAAAAGUUAUUUUUCCAUUGGAAUUAUGCAUAUUUCUUAACUUUCAGAGCACCACACUUUGUAUUAUUAAAGAGAAUUUGUCACUCUUUGUGAUAGAGCAUUGGUGUGAAAAGUGGACUGUUAACAGAAGGAUUAUCAGCAGGUUUUGUAUUAGAAAUGAAAAGCAGGGGGAUUCUGGGAAAUACCUAGCCCAGACAUAAAGGAGGGAAGAAUUAAUUAAAGAGAGAAAAAGGGACUUGAGUAAGUUGAAUCAUGUUUAGUGUUUUGCUUUAACUGUCAUUUUGUAUUGACCACAUAGUAUAAGCAAUCUGUUUUCUAUCUUGGUAAGAAGAUUUUGAUUUUAUAAAGCCUGUUAUCUACCAACCACGUUUGUACUUAUCUUGCGUGUAAUGGCAUGAUUUUGAAGAUGGACACAUCUUCAAGUAGUUUGGAGGAAAAAUAUGAACACUAAAAAAGGAAUUUUUUAUUUCACAGAAGGUUGUUUGUUUCAGUGUACUGACUUAAUAAUUUAUAACUUAACUUUUAUGAAUCAGAAAUGGUCUUCAUAAAUCUGUUUUAAUUGAAGUCAUCUAGAGCAACAGGAACAGAUACAGAGCUAUUUGAAGUUUACAAACUACAUCUUUGAUAAGGGAAAAUGAUUUAAUGAUAUAUGUAUACAAUUGAUAUUAAAAUGUAAUCUAUAUAUUCUAUAUGAUUGUAUAAUAUUUUAUACAACAGUUCAAAUAAAAUAUUUUUCUAUUAUA